AUGUGGUAAAACAUUGAGACGACGAAUACAGGGAGAGCGUUCGCCUGGCGGUGCCCAAAUUAAUUCUAUUUUUUUUAAAUUGUAUUUUUAAAUAAUAUGUAAAAAAAUGUUUUUUUUCUUCUCCAAUACUCAAAGAUACGGCACUUGCCAGGGGCCGUACUUUUUAUCCCAAGGUUACCGUGUUCUCUGAAAUUUUGCCGCUGUCCUCCAAAAACCGUGUUCACUCGAAAAAGGCGAAACCAGCAGGUAAGAUGAUUUUUUUUAAAUUUAUUUUGACCAGUAGCCCCCACGGAUGCUACCGUUGAUCAACCUUAUAAUCUCAGCCGAUCAUCCGAAACGCAAACUCUAUCCGCGCCUAGAAUCAGUUUUGAUGCAGCGGAGUCGCUAUUAAAAAUAACUUCGUUUUAUUGGCAGCAGCAACAUCAACAGUGCACCCGUUUUGAAUUUUUGACGUAUAAGCCCUGCGGGGGCUACCGGCAAACAUGAGAGUUAGUACUUUUCGGGUAUAUAAAAAGAAAGUGUUGAAAAAAAAAAACAGGUUUCUAAGUCGUUGAACUUCGUUUUUAAAGGAUCUUCUUGCACGCAAGAGCUCCAAGCUUUGUUUGGCUGCUUGAAGAAAUGGGAGUUUGACGACAAACCCUGUGGAAGACAGCACAGUUCUUACAUGGAGUGCAUUCACAAAGCUGAGAAGGAAGCCGCAGAUUUUCGAGAAGCUGCAAAGAAGGUUAUUUUUACUUUUUUGUAAAUUUCUCAGAGAGAAAUAUAUGUCGAAAAUUUCACCUUAUCUAAGCUAGGUUAAUGAUUAUCAAAAGUAAAAAAGUUCAAUUGAUGCCUUGGAAGAAGUUUUGGAGAUUAUAAACUCGACUCGUUAUUCAUUUUUAAUGAUUUCGCAAAGAAUUCUAAGAGCUGCGCUUCGGCUCGUGAUUUUGAACUAGAAAAACUGUUUCGCUGCGUCAAAUUAGCUUUAAUGCGGCAUCGAAAUUCCAAUUUGCGUAUCUUUCCAAAUCAUUUUGAACCGUGAACGCGUCGAAUUUGAAAUCCGCAAAAUUGAACACGACACGGGUAAACCUCUUGCCGCGAUAGACGAGCCGAAUCGCAGGAAAACGCGGCAGAUGCUCACAGUGAUUAGUCAACUCUGCCCGUUUGACAAAAAAAAAGAUUAAAAAGAAAAAUACGCUGAACAUUUGCUAAAACGGCGGAGCCAUCCAAUCGUGCUGUGAGAAUCCGCUGCGUUUUGGCUCGAGUCGUUGAACGAAAAACUGUUUCACUCCGCACGUCAAAUGGAAUUCGGCAUAAGGAGCACCGAAAUAUAAACAUUUUGGUUUGAUCUCAAAUGGCGUGUUCAUCAAAGAAACGGGACAUGCUUCAAAACGAAUAAUCGUGUUCAUCGGCGCGCCAAAGUUGCUCCAUAACAGUACCAUUAAAUAAACUUGUGAAAAAAUCUGAUUUUAAUUAUGUUUCUUGUUAAUGAUUCUCGUUUUGCAGGGUACUCUUGGCGAAGGCAAUCAAGGCAACUCGAUAACCACUGCACAGUUCAAUAAGUUGAUGCAAUUUUUCCCCCAGCCUGAUUUAGGAAAGGCACCUUAUCGGCAAAUGAAACGUUUGCCCACUCAAGAUUAUGCUGAAGACAUUUUUCAUCGGAAGCAUUGGAAAGGAAAGCGAAGUUAGAUUCAUGCACACCUUUCCCAUAGCUUCCUCAAUAAAAAUUCUCAUGAGAUGAUUAUUUUAUUAUUCAUAACGAGUAUUUUUCACUCGUUUAUAUCUCUGUUCGAUUUUCGCUUCGUUCGCGCUCGCGUUUUUCUCUGCUUUAACCAUUAUUUAAAAAUGAAUUACAGGGUAUGUCUGCUCUCAAGAAGUCUUUUAUCAAGCGAAAGCUUGCGAAGAAGCAGAAGCAAAACAGGCCUAUGCCUCAGUGGGUCCGCAUGAAGACCGGAAAUACGGUAAUCUAAUUUUUGGAAUUCUGGUCAAAUUGAUGAUGUUUAAAGAUGAAGUACAAUGCCAAGAGACGUCACUGGAGACGCACCAAGCUGAAGCUUUAAGUGCCAUGGCGGCGAUACCCUUUGCAACAAUAUUUUCUAUUGUUAUCAAUAAAGUUUGUUGAUUUUCCAUUCGUCGUAAAAGUGAAAAUUGCCAGCAACAUAUGGAUUUUCUUCUCGUUUAUAAAGAUGGAUUACUCAAGCAUUGGUGGGGAACGUGUGGAGGUGCCUUUAAGCUUUCUGAAUCGAAGAGUCUUUUUAGAUAG